UGCUAAACAUGAUUGCAACACUGGACUGUCUUUUUUUUACCUAACUCCACUAGCCUCAGCUCCAAUAACAAGUCAGAACUUGCAGUGCAGACAUUCUGCUGUUUUAUGUCUCAGAAUCUUUACUUCCUCAGAGAGAGAGAAAGGAUGGCUUGCUUUGAUAGAGCAUCACCAGCACUGAAGGAGACUCUGCUCAAAAUAUACAGAGAUAACAAGCCCACAGAGCUGGAUCAACGCUUGUUCGAAUUUGGGGCAGUGGAGUACCACAUGCAGUCUUCAGUAUCAGAUCCACACUAUGUCCAUUUGUCCAUAUCAACACCAUUACUAUCUCAAGAAGCAUCCGUCGCUCAAGGAAUUUCACAAGGCACUGUACAAACGAUAAAGGGAAUUCUCUCGGAUAUAGUGGAGCUUGUCGAGCCCUCGAGAGAAGGAUAUCAGCUCACUCUGAGGCUCGAUUUUUCUAAGAUCCCGCAAGGCAAAGAUUCUUCCAAGAUCAUAACAGAGAUCGCCAGCAUACAAGCUGCAAUACUGAGCUGCCAGUUGAAAGAAAUGUUGAGCAAUGUCGCCUCACAGGACACAUCUCCAGGGAUGUACAAGCUGAUUAAACUAUUGUAUCACCCAAGAGAGCCUUUCUUUGUGGUCAGACAGCCGGAAAAGACCAUCGCAGUGUUCCCUAUGCGUUUCCAAGAAAACACAGACGUGAUCAUCGCAACUGCCUUCUUUCAGGAACUCAUGGACGUUGGAAGCUCUGAAGCGUGGGCCAAGGUACCUCUUUGUACAUGGUCGCCCAUUCCACCUCCGGAGUUGAGAGGAGAACAAAUGGAAGACCUAAGCACCAAUGGCGGGUUCGUCUCCUUCGAUAUUUUGCCACAUCAUGUUAAAGGCAAAAGACUGGAUAAAACCGUGUGGAAUCUGCUGAACUUUUACGCCUUUGUAAAGUAUCAUGUUAAGUGCACUCGGGGAUUCAUACAGAGGAGGAUGCGAAAGCGAUUGGAUAAUCUUGUCAAGAUUCUGCACAAGGCAAGCUCAGAAGAGGGUGGAUAUGUGGAUGAUGCGCAAGUUGCAGGAUGUGGCUGCAUCAAGAGUCUCGUCAGUGUUUCGAAAACUAACACGCUGAGACGAAGAUGUCGGAAUUUCACCAAGAAGGUCAAGAGGAUGCGCUGCCCGAUUAAAAUUCAUGGAUUCCGGCGCUUCCGCCGACGGUGGUUGACCGUUCCCAAGUUCUCUUCCGCAUUUAAGUAUACAAAAAUAGAUUGAUGGGUGUACUUUGUGUAUACGUAGGCAAUUUGAAGCUAUCAAACUUUAAAACAUGCCAAGAAAAU